GCGCCGCCGCCUCUCGGACCUGCGCCGCGCUCGCCACCCGCUCGCCGGGGCUGGACGUGCUCGGAGGACGCGGGCGCGGACCAGGCGGGCCCCGGGCAGCCGCCCCGCCGGGAUCCCGGACCGGACCCGCCGCCCGGCCCGUGCGCCCGCCGCCCCGCCGCUCUCCCGGCCGCUCUCCCGGCCGCCGGCCGCCUCGCAGGGGGGUGGGUCCCCCCCACCCCACGCUGCCUCCUUCUCUCCUUCCCUCUUUCCUCCCCCGAUCCCCCCCUUUCCCCCACCCGGCCCCCGCGUCUCCUUCCCCACCUCCCCCCCCUACUCCGUGUUCCCCCUCCUCCGGGCGGCUCUCGCCUCUCCUAUGUUCGGGAAACCAGACAAAAUGGACGUUCGGUGCCACUCGGACGCGGAGGCGGCGCGGGUGUCGAAGAGCGCGCACAAGGAGAGCCGCGAGGGCAAGGGCGCCGAGGGCAGCCUGCCCGCCGCCUUCCUCAAGGAGCCGCCGGGCGCCGCCGACGACUGCAACAAAAGUAAAGCCGGCGCGGCCGCCGACCCGGAUUACUGCCGCCGGAUCCUGGUCCGAGAUGCCAAGGGGUCCAUCCGGGAGAUCAUCCUGCCCAAGGGCCUGGACCUGGACCGGCCCAAGAGGACGCGCACGUCCUUCACGGCGGAGCAGCUCUACCGGCUGGAGAUGGAGUUCCAGCGCUGCCAGUACGUGGUGGGCCGCGAGAGGACCGAGCUCGCCCGGCAGCUCAACCUCUCCGAGACCCAGGUGAAGGUCUGGUUCCAGAACCGGCGCACGAAGCAGAAGAAGGACCAGGGCAAGGACUCGGAGCUGCGCUCGGUGGUGUCGGAGACGGCCGCCACGUGCAGCGUGCUGCGGCUGCUGGAGCAGGGUCGCCUGCUGUCGCCGCCCGGCCUGCCCGCGCUGCUGCCGCCCUGCGCCACGGGCGCGCUCGGCUCGGCGCUCCGCGGGCCCAGCCUGCCGGCCCUGGGCGCGGGCGCCGCCGCGGGCUCGGCCGCCGCCGCCGCCGCCGCGGCCGCCGCGGCCGCCGCCGCCCCGGGCCCGGCCAGCGCCGCCUCCCCGCACCCGCCGGCCGUGGGCGGCGCUCCCGGCGCGGGGCCCGCGGGCCCGGGGGGACUGCACGCGGGCGCGCCCGCCGCCGGCCACGGCCUCUUCAGCCUGCCCGUGCCCUCGCUGCUCGGCUCGGUGGCCAGCCGCCUCUCCUCCGCCCCGCUGACCAUGGCCGGCUCGCUGGCCGGGAAUUUACAAGAACUCUCCGCCCGGUACCUGAGCUCCUCGGCCUUCGAGCCUUACUCCCGGACCAACAAUAAAGAAGGGGCCGAGAAAAAAGCGCUGGACUGAUGAGCUCAGUGUCUCCCUGUAUUUAUAUUUAUAGUUAUCUAUUGUGGUGAUAUUUAUGGACUCCUGCGCGCUAGGCGCCCGGGGCUCCCGCGCAGGGUUCCCGGCUCCCACGAGGCCUCUGACAACGCUCCUUCUUCCCCCACCUGGCUUCUUGUCACCGAUGUCAUCUCCUUUGGGCAAAUUCCCCCCCCCCCUUACCCCUAUCAUUCCUCCGUGUCUUCCCCCAACUCCUUUCCACCCGCCCCCCCUAACUUCCUUCGGAAUCCGGGAGAAUCCAAAGAAUUGGGGGGAAUGCCGAGGUAGCCAGCCUGGAGCUCCGAGCCACGGGCAGCCGGCGGGGAGAAGACUGACUCUCGGUACCGAGCCCAGGACACCUGCAGCGGAUCAGCCGCCGCUGCCACCGAGGAGGUUUUGGAUAUGCGAAAGAGGAACGCUGCACGCGGACCCUGGGGGCUGAACAAACUUGUAGGUUUCGUUAGACCAAAAAAGGAGGACGUUCCUUCCUCUUGCCAGAACAACCAGGGCUUGAGGGGAGCCCCUAGACCUCACUUAGCGGACUGCUCCGGAGAGCCCAUUCACACGCAGCUUCCUGGUGGGACGAAUCUUAACAGAGUUUGCUCCAACCCUUUAGGGAAACUCACCCGUCCUGGAGACAAUGAACCAGAUCUCACGCUAGGGAACCUUGGUAAUAAAUGUACUCGAAUCAGCAAUAAGAAUGACCACUGCCACACAAAACAGGAUGGAGUGGAGCCCGUUUUAAAAUUCUCCUAACAGUGGAGUUUGGAAAGUGUUAAGAAAAUUCAGGACAGAGAAGGAGGCACAGGAAGCGCAAAAUCCAAGUUUUGACUCGGAAACAGGCAUUUCAAGAGGAAAAGCAAAAGAAGAGCCAAGAAGGAAAGGAAAUUCACAGUAUGUUUCCCGCGGCUGUUCAGAUGGUGGCUGGUGACUUCAGGUUCCGAGGAAGAUGCCCAGGAGGGCUGCUGGGCGCUCUCUCUCGAGGCUGGCGCAUCUCCCCACCGGCUUCCACACGCCUCACUCCGGGCAGAAUGACUGGGUUUGAAUCCAGUCAGAUCCCUUUGCUUCUUCGACGCCCCCCAUACCUGGAUCAAGAAGGAAAUAAGUUUCAUUCAGGGUUGUGCUCUCGGGACCAGGAGGAAGGAACCCACCACCGGGGACAGCUAGGUUUUAGGGCCUCUGUCCAUAUUCACAUCCUCUCCCUGCCUGAUGGUAAAGGCCUCCCUCAACCUGCAAAGAAAAAAAAAUCCCAGGACUUUGAAGGUCCCAAGUCCGGAAAACUGGACCUUGACUCUGGUCCUCACCCCUCCCUGGCAUAACAAUGACCAUCCUACAGUCAAGGCCACCUGCAUUUUAACCAAAACCACAGACCCAGACGCUAGGAGCUGCAGUGUCUAGAAUGUAUCCCUCCAUCCCAAGCAAGAGCAGAGCAUUUUAAAAACAGUAAUUUUAUUGUAAAUUAUUUACGUGGGAAGCUCCCUCCUACCCCCUUUCCCCUCUAAAGGCAAAUAGUGAAGAAAAUAACGAACAGUUCAGAUGUGGGUAGGUGUCCCUGAAUCCUGGCUACUAACUUUGUUCUGAAUGUUUUGGAUAUUUGGAUGUUUUGUAUUUAUGUGGUGA